GUUUCAAGUGCAGCAGCGAAAACACGCCGCAAAACUGGCCCAGGAGGGACCUCUGCUGUACAUGCAUCAUGAAUGAAUCUGCCUCUAGUGGGAAUGGACAAGAGUUUGAUGUAUUUAGUGCUAUGGACUGGAAAGAUGGGAUAGGUACUUUGCCAGGAAGUGACCUAAAGUUUAGAGUGAAUGAAUUUGGAGCCCUAGAAGUGAUUACAGAUGAAACCGAGAUAGAAAGUGUGAAGAAAGCAACAGCUACCACAACUUGGAUGGUGCCAACUGCUCAAGAAGCCUUUUCAGAAAAGACAGGGAUCCCCACAAAGUUGAAGGAAGCUGCAAAAGUGGAUGGACUUGUUUUCUGUGAAAACUGUUAUCGCUAUGGUACCAUAGAAGAAUUUGUUCCUGAAGGGAAAUUUUGCAGCCAGAAUUGUGCCCAGCAAGUAAAAAUCAAUAGAGAACCAAAGGAGGAAAAGCCUGACGUGGAAUGCAAUGGUGACGAUGAUUCCAAAGGCAUUAGGAAGAGAAAAACAAAAUUACCUUUCAAAGAAGAGACAAAGGAUAAUGGAGAGAAGAAGGAGAAGUCUGAUGAAACUGAGGACAAACAAGAAGGAAGAAUCAUGAGAGUCUCACAGCGAGCCAGAAGGAAAAGAAAAGGGGAAAUAACAGUUUUGAAGCAAACYGUGCCCUCUAAAGGGAAGCCCGCGUGGUGCUGGGCGUCUUACCUGGAGGAAGAGAAGGCUGUUGCGGUGCCAACCAAGCUUUUUAAAGAGUAUCAGUCUUUCCCAUACAACAAAAAUGGAUUCAAAGUGGGAAUGAAACUGGAAGGGGUGGAUCCCGAGCACCAGUCCAUAUACUGCAUCCUCACAGUGGCUGAGGUUUGUGGCUACAGAAUACGACUUCAUUUUGAUGGAUACCCAGAUUGUUAUGAUUUCUGGGUGAAUGCUGAUUCUUCAGAUAUUCAUCCUGUUGGAUGGUGUGAGAAAACAGGUCACAAACUUCAUCCACCUAAAGGAUACAAGGAAGAGGAAUUCAGCUGGCCAGCUUAUCUAAAGGCAUGCAAGGCUCAAGCUGCUCCUAAAUCUCUAUUUGAAAACCAGAAUGUGACAGUGAUUCCGUCGGGAUUUCGAGUGGGAAUGAAGCUUGAAGCUGUAGACAAGAAGAACCCCACGUUCAUUUGUGUUGCUACGGUAACAGACAUGGUGGACAAUCGUUUCCUGGUUCAUUUUGACAACUGGGAUGAGAGCUACGACUACUGGUGUGAGGCAGCUAGCCCACAUAUUCAUCCUGUUGGAUGGUGUAAAGAGCAUAAAAGAACCCUUAUCACCCCUCCAGAUUACCCACAUGCCAAACACUUUUCCUGGGAGAAAUAUCUGGAAGAAACCAGUUCCUUACCUGCACCUGCAAGAGCUUUUAAAGUGAAACCUUCUCACGGCUUUCAGAAAAGUAUGAAACUUGAAGUGGUUGACAAGAGAAAUCCAGUGUUUAUCAGAGUAGCAACUAUUGUAGAUACCGAUGACCACAGAAUAAAGGUUCAUUUUGAUGGCUGGGAUAGUAUUUAUGAUUACUGGACUGAUGUAGAUAGCCCUGAUAUCCAUCCUGCAGGCUGGUGUGCAAAAACGGGACACCCUCUUCAGCCCCCACUUAGUCCCUUGGAAUUAGUGGAAGCUUUGGAGCACGGAGGAUGUCCCCCAUCAGGAUGCAAAGGAAUUGGGCACAUUAAAAGAGCGAGACAUAUCAGCCACCACAGUGCCCUGAGCUGCCCCUACUCGGAGCUGAACGUGAACAGGGAGAGGAUCCUGCCCGACCGCCUCAGCGGGGAGCUGCCUGCGCCCAGCGCCGGGCCCCGCGCCAGGAAGGCCGAAGCCAGGGAGAGGUGCAGCUCGCCCCUCAGCAGUGGACUGCAACAAGCAAGAGACUCCAUAAAUACCCAAGCGUGUGAAGAGGAGGAGACGGAAAAUAAGCUGCUCGUUCCAAAUGAAAUUAAAGAUGCUGAAGAGCCCAGUACCCAGAAGCUUCUUCCUCAGCCCAUCGUGGUGCCUUCCAAGCUACAAAUCCCUGGCCUGCCCUUGCGCUGGGAGCAGCAGAGCAAGCUCCUGCCGAGCGUUGCUGGCAUCCAAGCCAGUAAAGUCUCCAAGUGGAGUACGGAUGAGGUGUCCGAAUUCAUACGGAGUUUGCCUGGAUGUGAAGAACAUGGCAAGGUGUUUAAAGACGAGCAAAUCGAUGGAGAAGCGUUUCUGCUAAUGACCCAGUCAGACAUAGUCAAAAUCAUGAGCAUUAAACUGGGACCAGCCCUAAAAAUCUUUAACUCCAUCCUGAUGUUCAAAGCUGCGGAGAAGAACUCCCACAACGAGCUCUGAAGGUAACGGGACGGGGCAGAGCAGCUUCCCGCCCCRGAGCUCGCGUUUUGCUCAAAGCACAAGGACUCCCCGGAGCUGACGAGUGGGGACGCUCCAGAAGGAAGAAAAGCAGCCGGAGCCCUGCAGGGCUCUGUGCUCUCCCGGCUCCGCACGCGCCUGCAGCGCUGGGCCGGGCACAGCUCCUAGGAAGCUCCGUGUCGCAGCCCGCGGCCGCUCCUGCCCGGCCCCRGGCACCAGGAAACCCUGCGCUGGUUAUUUAUGCUGUAUUAUAUGAGGGAAUGUUGAUAUUUUCUAGGAAUUCUUGACUUCUACUUCAUGUACCCAUUUUACUUUUCRACAGCUCUGACUUCGUUCUCAGAAUAAAAAGCAAUUAGCCAAAAAACGAGGCUACAGGUAGCCCCAGGAGACUGUUAUGGCUAAUAAGAAUUUGUGCCAUAGUUUAAAAACGAAACACUUAAUGUUACAUAUGUGACACUUUAUGCUACAGCAUAUAACUUUACGGAUUAUAAAGCUGUCUGAUUGCUUGUAACAAAAACCUUGUUGGGGGUUGAAAUUAUAAUGCAUUUUUGAUAACUGAAUGUUUUUACUUUUGCACGAUUUCAAAAAUGUUAUGUGAGUUUUUCCACCAGCAUCUUUAAUGUAUUCUACCAAAAGAUCAGCAUUGAGAAGGCUGCAACUGAAAAACAAAAGUUUGACUUCACAGAAGACGCUUGUUUGUGCUGCACGAGGGAGUCCCGGUGUGUCCCGGGGGAGGCUGCCAGCGCCCCCCUGCACCUGAAGGGAACCUCACCGAGCUGGAGGUAAGAGGGGAGCGGGAGCCACCCCGGCGGCAGGGAAGCCGGGGCGCCGAAGCUCCCUGGGAACGUGUUUCCCGAAGCUGGGAAUGGCAGCAGCCUCGUCCUGUGGAGCCUGAGACCCCAGCGAGCGGGGCCGGGGCGCAGCAGCGUUUCAAGGCCGGGGCCGCCCGAGCUGCUCGGACUCUGGCAGCAGCCGCCCGGGCGCCCCUCUGUCCCUGGAAGGAUGCGGCAGGGAAUGUGGCUGCGCUUGCUGUGGCGCCGUGAGCUGUGAACAGGAUGCACUUUAACCUGGGAGAGGCCUCGCCAGCUGCGGGCCGAGGACUGUCCCGAAAUGUCACCCGCGCGGGAGGAGGGARAGGUCCUGGAGCGUUCUGGACCCCCUCUUGUUCGUGGCGCUCAGCGGGGCGAGUGCUCGGCCUUAAGCUUUAGGAACGAACAGAGCAUUUCUGUUACGCAGAGCUCGGAGACUUCUAACUCUUGCCGCAGUCUGCGCUAGGUUCCUCUGUGGCUGCACUUCCUUGAGGUUUCAAGAACUCGGUGUGUCCCUUCCCCAUCACUUAGGUGACUCGUACCUGCCAUAUAUGAGGUAAAACAGGGUCAGUAUGAAGUAAGUUGCAUUGCU